ACAACAGCUCUACACAAGGCACACAACACUCGACUCCCCAUUCACUGCACUCAUUGCCAUGGCACGAAAGUCGAGAUCACAACGGAGUUUCGAGACUCGCCGGGACGGGCUCAUGUCCAAGGCUUGCCAGCUCCGCAACAAACACGCUGCCAAGGUGCUCAUUCUAUUCGAAUGGGACCAAGCCCAUCACUAUUUCCUUUCCGAUGCAAAUUGGUCGCCUUUGUAUUUCGAUGCAAAUGUCGUGCUUCCGAGGUACUCGUACACGCCUGACAAUUUCCUCGCGAAGUCUGACCGGCCUCGUCUGGAGUCGCCCUCCUCGUCUUCGUCCGAGGAGGAUCAGUUGAUGGCUCUAUGCCGCGUCCCGACCCAGGAGAGCCGCAGUUUCGAGACUCGGUACCGUGGCCUGAUGAAGAAGGCGAGCACACUGUACAAUCUUGAAGGGGUCAAGAUACUACUACUCGUGGAGCGAAAUGAGCGCCAUUACUACUUCCAGACUCAUGAUGACUGGAGACCGAUGCACUUCUCCUUCAGCUUGUCUCGAUAUAACUACACGCCGGCGAACUUUGAGAGGCGCGCGCCUCAGCCCAACUUCCAGCCACCAGAGCCUCGGGACGCCUACUUCCAGCCAUCAGGGCCUCAGGAUACCUACUUCGCUGACCUCGAUGCACUAGCUCAAGCGGCCGAGAUUCUCGACCCCGCUGAGUGUGCUUCCCAGGUACCGGCGCUGCCACCACAAAGUAGUAGCUCCAGUACGCUUCCUGAUAGCCAGGAGAGCACAUGGACAUCAGCCAGCAGCGACAACGAUAGUACUUGGUCCUCAAGCUCAACUUGGUCCUCAGCUACUUCAUAUUCUUCUUCUUCCGUGUCACAAGAUUCUCCAGAAACACUACCAGAGCUUGACGUGUGCGCGAUCUCUGCCCUCGAACAUGGAGCGGAUGUGCCGGUGAUGGAGGCUCCCAUGAUCCCAAUCGAAACAAGCGAUCAGCCCUUGCCGUCAGUCUCUCAGAAUACUAAAGGCCUCGGGGCACAGCCUCUACCACGUAUGCCGGCAGUAACCACGAAGGCACGGCGAGGGAUGAAACAGGCCCAGGGCGCCAAGCCCAAGGGGGUGGCGAAGGCUACAGCUCAACGGCGCAAGUCACAUGACACCCAGUCACAGAUGACAACGCGCUCUUCGGCGGCGAAAGGAAAGGUCUAUUUCAAUCUCAGUCUUUAAGUACCGUAUCUGGAUUGUGGGUGAGGAGCUGGUCUCUUCAUAGCUUGUAGAUGCGAAUAUACAUGCAACUUGUCCUUGCGUCGAUUGCCUGCG